AACUGUUUUCGUGUUACGACUCGAUUUUUGUGAAUUUCGAAUCAUCGAAUUUCCAUUUUACAGCACCUUUUUGUUAUAAUAUUAUUUAAGUCUAAUUUAUAGGUUGCAAUAUCCGAUAACCUCAUAAUGGCAUUAUCAGUAUUUCUUCGUGCGCCAGCAUGCAGCAGUCGAAUGUUUUCGCAGCACAUUAUGAGGCUAUCCACGCAACAAGCCCUGAAGCCAGCCGUAACACAAGGGAUGACGCCUAGUGUAUUGGCACUGCAGAAUUCACUGCUUAAACCUGAUGGUAGCAUUUUAAAUGCUGUAAGACAAUUUAAGACGACACCUGCCCGCCUUUCAGAGGAGAAAGCUCACGACCACUCCAAAAUGUGGGUGAUUGAGAAGGUGACGUCUGCAGCACUGGUGCCCCUCAUCCCCAUAUGCCUAAUGAUGCCCAAUAAGAUUUUCGACUCCGUACUGGCUAUUCUUAUAACGGCCCAUAGCUUUUGGGGUCUGGAGGCAAUCGCCGUUGACUACGUGCGCGCAUCCAUGUUCGGACCACUUAUCCCCAAAAUUGCGAUAGCUCUAGUUUAUAUUAUCUCCAUCGCGACCCUCGGAGGUCUUUUCUACCUCAUCAGCAAUGAUGUUGGUCUCGUCAACGCGGUCAAACAAUUCUGGGCGGUUAAAGCUAAGCAGAGUGCGUAAAACCAUAAUUUGGAUGUUGGUUGAUUUUCUACAAUGGCAACUUUGUGUUGUGCCCAUGUAACGAUGUCUUAAAGCAGUAUUGCUUCCAGUGUGGAACAAUGACAGCGUUAUAUAGGUUGAUAGCGCCAUCUCUUUCUUACACUCGAAAUAAUACUGCUUUAAGACAACAUGGCAAUAACCCCCUGGUGCUGCAGCUGUCACAUUUUGACUGUGAAUAAGUAACUUUUUGAGUUUUAUUGCAGUCAUCUUGUAUUUAAAUAUAGUACAAAUGUGUAGUUCAUUUAUAUCCCAACGAUACAUUUUUAGUUCUUUUGUGUUGACUAUAAAAAUUGUCUUUGAAAUUGACCAACGUCUGAAGUGUAAAAUUAUUAGUUCAAUGAAUGUUUUGAGAUUUGUUUUCGCCUAAUUGUGAUCUAAACUGUCUGUAAAAUUACAGUACUUAACGCAAAAUUAAUAGAACGGAUUUCGUUUGUCAUAAAAUGAUGAAAAUUGACUGUGUGACAGUAUUUUUUGGUAUUAUUCAUUUUUAAAUUGGACUAAGCAUGCCGUAUGUAUCUUGUUUUAAUUUAUUGAUAGCGUAAUAAAUAUGUUAAUAGUUGAA